AUGGGGUUUGGAUUUCGGAGGAAUUCCACGGACGACAUGUCACUUGAGGGUGCAAGUACGUGGUUCCUAGAGUGUUAUAACCUUUUGAAGAGAGCCAUAAGGUGUGAUUCUUCUUCUGAAUUGGUUUUUGGGUAUGAAGUUACCCUUGGGAAAAAAAAGUUUUGCACUAUCAACGUAAAAUCCAGAAGAAUCCGCGCGGUGAGUGGUCUAAGAGGCAAGCAGAUUUUUAACCACUUUACAGGCAAGGUUGAUAGCAAAGAUUCAAUGGAAAUUGGUAAUAGCUGCAACGGGUUAAUCCUGGUACUUUAUUCCAAAAAACACGUUCUUUUUAACCCUCUAUCAGGCAGAAUAGCGUUUGCAACGCGCAAACUGCCUGAAUGGCAUGGCAGCAGGUGUUGUGGCUUCUUCUACCAUCCUCUGGCAAGAGAAUACCGGCUUCUCCAUAUGACACAAAUAGGAAAUAAUAGUUACGAGUACCACAUUUACGAAUUCGGGGCCCACAAGUGGAGGACAAUUCCGACUCCCAAAUUUUCUCACUAUUAUGCCCCUAUAAGCACCGCGCAAUUGGUGGUGACGAAAGAAGCUAUGUUUUGGUGGGAAUUUUGUUGCUUUACGGUUUUCGACAUAAAUACUGAGAAGCUAUGCUUGAAAAGGUCUCCCCCCUUGGGCCAUGAUGCUGAUCGAAAAAUGGUGGUGGCCACAGGAGGUGAGGACUUGUGUUGUUGUUACGUUCGUUAUGCGGAGACUGUAGUGGACGUUUGGGUUCUUGUGGACUACACAAAUUGGUUAUGGGAAAAAAAGUAUGCCGUGAAUUUUGAUUGGGAAAAGAAUAGGUGCCCCUCGCAAGCAUGGAGCGCUCACAUCCCUCGAUUAACUCGUACCACAAAAGUUGUGAGCAUUCUGGGUAAUAUUUUGGUGUUGGACUUCGAGGGUGGUGGACAACUGCAUUGCCAUGAUUUAGUGUCUAAUGCGUCUUGGAUAGUCGACACAAGCAAAUUUAAUGGAAAAACCCAAACAACUUGGUAUGGUAGGCGACGAAGUGUUGAAAAGCAAUUCAGUUGGUAUCGUUUGCUUGGAUUAUAG